ACUGUUUACAUUUUGCUGUCGUCUGGUUUCGCAUUUGACAGAAAAACUCUGAAUUAUGGAUGUAUUGGAAAAAGACGAAUUUUUAAAGGCGUAUCGAAGUAUAAGUGCCCAAUUGAAAAAGAAGUUUGUUGGCUUUAGGCAAGAAGUUAGAAGGCCAAAUGUCAUAGAUGCAGUUGAUGGCUUUGAGAGUUUAAGUCGGCAACAACUUGAUCUCGGAUUUACUGAGUUAAGUGCGGCAUGUAGGCUGGCAGCCGCUCAAUUGGAACAGUCUAUUGGAUUGAUUGCUGGAUCAAGCAGUGUCAGGCCAGGAGUGGAGUAUAACAACCUAUUUGUAGAAUCAGCAAGAACGUUUUCCUUAUCAAAUGAACAAGCCACCACCUAUGAAUGUUAUGAAGGAGCCAUUGGUAGCACAAAUGAUGCAUCAUUGGCAUGGUUUACUUCAAUGGAAGCAGGGCAAACAGCUCUCCAACUCAAUGAUUACCAAAAUGCAAUUAGCUUUUUUACCAAAGCAUUAAAACUAUCUGAAAAUGAAACAGAGAAAUCUCUCUCUGGACACUUUUUGGCUUCAUCUUUCAUUCGCCAGGGAUAUUUUCCAGAAGCAUUGAAAACACUUUCAAUUAUUAAAUCUAACCAAAAGAAUCUGAUGACACAAACACUUUUAGCUUUGAAUCUAAAAAGAUGUGGAAAUGGAGAAUCCCAAUUAAGCCGAAUUCUUAUUGAUGUCUUUGAAAAUUCUAGCAAUUCAUUCCAACCUCAGUCAUUGCAAUAUGCAGUUGAUGCAUUAAAGCUUGGAGAACUAGAUGAAACAUCUAUUGAAACAAUGUGGUCUUAUUUAAAUCUUGACCAACAGCAACUUCUAUUGUACUUGUUAAAUUCAAAAUGAUUGCAUGCAAGUUUGUAUUAAGGAGUAACUAAUAUCACUGGUCACACAUG